CUCGGGCCGCCUCGGAGUUGGAGAAUCCGGUCUGGACAUCAUUGCUCCCUGGGAUUACUCUGAAUGAGUUUGCUAUAAACAGCUCGAUUUACAUAACAGCUAGUAAAUCAGUUAGUAUUCCCUCAGCUAGCUUUCUCGUAGUUUUUCCAGAUUAGAGGACACGCUUAAUUACAUUAGAUUUUUGGAAUAGACCACCAUUGCAUGUGUAUUUUUUUAAUAGCUGUCAAGUGCGGUCGUUGCGGAAGAUAUUUUAGAGGAGGUGCAUUUCAGAGCGCUCGCUCACCAUGUCAGUGGUAGGGAUUGAUGUGGGUUACCAAAAUUGUCACAUCGCCGUGGCCAGGAGCGGUGGCAUUGAAACCAUUGCCAAUGAUUACAGUGACAGAUGCACCCCGGCUUGUGUUUCUUUGGCCUCCAAAAACCGCAUGAUUGGAAAUGCAGCUAAAAGUCAAAUCACAACAAACCUCAAAAAUACUGUCCAUGGCUUCAAAAAGUUCCACGGCAGAGCAUUUGAUGACCCACUUGUCCAAGCUGAAAAACCGAAACUGCCCUACAGCUUACAUAAACUGACCAAUGGAAACACUGGAAUCAAGGUGCGUUAUUUGGAUGAGGAUAAAGUGUUCACCGUGGAGCAGAUCACUGGGAUGCUGCUCACCAAGCUGAAGGAGACAUCAGAGAGCGCCCUGAAGAAGCCGGUGGUGGACUGUGUCGUCUCUGUCCCAAGUUUCUUCACAGAUGCUGAGAGGCGAUCCGUGUUUGAUGCAACUCAAAUCGCAGGGCUGAACUGUUUACGGCUAAUUAAUGAUACUACUGCAGUGGCUUUGGCAUAUGGGAUCUACAAACAGGACCUUCCUAGUCCAGAAGAGAGGCCAAGAAAUGUGGUAUUUGUUGACAUGGGCCAUUCUUCAUUCCAGGUCUCCAUCACUGCCUUCAACAAAGGCAAGCUUAAGGUCCUCGCCACUGCACAUGACCUAUACCUUGGAGGACGCAAUUUUGAUGAGGCAUUGGUUGAUUACUUCUGCGAGGACUUUAAGAGCAAGUACAAGCUAAAUGUGAGGGAGAACCCAAGGGCUCUGCUGCGGCUGCACCAGGAGUGUGAGAAACUGAAGAAGCUAAUGAGUGCUAACUCCUCCGAUCUGCCUCUGAACAUCGAGUGCUUCAUGAACGACAUCGAUGUUUCCGGCAAGAUGAACAGGGGCCAGUUUGAAGACAUGUCUGGUCAAUAUCUGAUGAAAGUAGAGAUGCCACUGAAAUCAGUCCUUGAACAAUCAAAGCUGAACCGGGAUGAUAUCUAUGCAGUAGAGAUAGUUGGAGGAGCCACGAGAAUCCCAUCCGUCAAAGAAAGAAUCGCCAAGUUUUUUGGAAAAGACGUCGGCACCACGCUCAAUGCCGACGAAGCCGUCGCUAGAGGCUGUGCACUUCAGUGUGCAAUUCUGUCUCCAGCAUUUAAAGUGCGUGAAUUCUCCAUCACUGACGUGGUUCCCUUUCCUAUUACUCUUCGCUGGAAGUCCCCAACAGAGGAUGGAUUGGGAGAGUGUGAGGUGUUCAGUAAGAACCACGCUGCCCCAUUUUCCAAAGUGAUCACCUUUCACAAGAAGGAACCCUUUGACCUUGAAGCCUUCUACAGCAACCCCCAAGAGCUCCCCUACCCAGACCACAGGAUAGGAUGUUUUUCUGUACAGAAUGUGGUUCCCCAGCCGGACGGAGACAGCUCUAAAGUGAAGGUGAAAGUGCGCGUCAACGUCCACGGCAUCUUCAGCGUGUCCAGCGCCUCUCUGAUCGAGAAGCAGAAAGGAGAGGGAGAGGACAUGCAAAUUGACUCAGAGCCAAUGGUGCAGAAUGAAGGCAAAGCAGAGGACCAGUCCAAAAUGCAGGUGGAUCAGGAGGGUCAGAGCCCGGGGGACCAGCAGAACGAGGACAACAGCUCCAGCAGUAAGGAGGGGGCGCCUGGAGAAAAGCAAGACCCAGCAGCAGGGGCAAGCAAGCCCAAAGUCAAAGUGAAGAUUAUAGAUCUGCCCAUCGUGGCCAACAACAUUCGACAGCUCGACAACGAUGUCCUUAACAACUUUGUGGAGUACGAGCAUCAGAUGAUUAUCCAGGACAAACUGGUGAAGGAGCAGAAUGAUGCUAAAAAUGCUGUAGAGGAGUAUGUAUACGAUCUGCGGGACAAACUUUGUGGUAUAUAUGAAAAGUAUAUCACUGAGGAGGACAGUAACCGGCUGACUCUGUUGCUGGAGGACACAGAGAACUGGCUGUAUGAGGAUGGAGAAGACCAACCCAAACAAGUCUAUGAGGAGAAGCUGGAUGCACUCAAGAGGUUGGGUCAACCUAUUCAGGAUCGACACAGAGAGCAGGAGGACAGGCCGAGGGCUUUUGAAGAGCUGGGGAAAAAAAUGCAACUCUACAUGAAGAUUGUGGAUUCCUAUAAACAGAAGGAUGAGCGAUACCUGCAUUUGACUGCAGAGGAAAUGAGCACUGUGGAGAAGUGUGUGAAUGAAAGCAUGGGUUGGAUGAACAGCAUGAUGAACGCACAGAGCAAACUCGGUAUCACUCAAGAUCCCGUUGUCAAAGUAGCAGAAAUCAUUUUCAAAAUACAGGAACUGGAGGAUGUAUGUAAUCCAGUGAUCAACAGACCAAAGCCCUCGGUGGAGGAGGCCCCUGAAGUGAAUGACCAAAACAGUGGAGCUCAUAAUGACCCGACAGCUAAGCAAGGAGCAGAAGGGAAGGGAAGCCAGCAGACAAAGCCUGGUGCAAAAGAGAUGGAGGUGGACUGAGAGAAAGCAAACUGCAACCAUCCCUGCUCCCCCACAGCUGACCAUUUAGAGAGUAGAAACAUCUGAACCUGGGUCCAUCUCUCAAUCAUCACCAGACACUUUUAUUUGUGGCCCCCCAUUGGACUUUACCUUUUGAGGUUUCUGUUUUCAUCCUUACGUGUGACGAUGGUGUGCUGUAUUCCCACAAAGAUUUGACAUAUUUAAUAAAUGAAGGAAUGAUGCAAUAGAAUAAACUCAGAUUCUAACGUAACCUGUUUCCUCUGUACAACAUGUGUUUCAUAGGCAUACAUUAUCAGCAGCAAAUCCUAUCACUCAACAGAGAAGAACAUGCUGUCGCAGAACUAUUCAUUUGUUUCACUAAUACAAGUUAUAUAUAUAUUUGUAUUAAAUGAGUUUGAAAGGAUGUCCAUGUCUAGAAACUGUAUAUACUUUUUUAGUAAACAGAGCAGCCAGCAUAUAUAAUAUAUGUACAUAAAGAAAAUAUUCCUAGUACAAUGGCAAUGCUUGAUACAACAAAUCUCUUUAGUAAUUGAUUGGUUGAGUAUCUCCUUUAUCGUUUUCUUGCAUUUUUCACAUUUAAGUCACGGGCUAUAAGGAUGUCAAA